AUGGCGGCCCAGAGGAGGAGUCUGCUGCAGAGUGAACAGCAGCCCAGUUGGACAGAUGACUUGCCAUCCUGCCAUCUCUCCGGGGUGGGCUCAGCUCCAAACCGUUCCUACAGUGCAGAUGGCAAGGGGACAGAGGGUCAUCCCUUGGAAGAUAACUGGUUAAAAUUCAGGAGCGAGAACAAUUGCUACCUCUAUGGUGUCUUCAACGGCUAUGAUGGCAACCGAGUCACCAACUUUGUGGGUCAGAGGCUGUCUGCAGAAUUGCUGCUGGGCCAGCUACAUGCAGAUCACAGUGAUGCUGAUGUGCGUCGAGUUCUGCUGCAGGCUUUUGAUGUGGUGGAAAGAAGUUUCCUGGAGUCCAUUGAUGAUGCCCUGGCAGAGAAGGCUAGCCUGCAGUCCCAGCUACCAGAGGGUGUCCCUCACCACCAGCUGCCUCCUCAGUACCAGAAGAUUGUGGAGAGAUUGAAGGUCGUAGAACAGGAGAUCUCUGGAGGAGCUAUGGCUAUUGUGGCUGUAGUUCUCAACAACAAGCUCUAUAUCGCCAACGUGGGUACCAAUCGGGCACUGUUAUGCAAGUCCACGGUGGAUGGACUGCAGGUGACUCAGCUCAAUGUGGACCAUACAACAGAGAAUGAGGAUGAACUUUUUCGUUUCUCCCAGCUGGGCUUGGAUGCAGGGAAAAUAAAACAAGUGGGAACCAUUCGUGGGCAGGAAAGCACUCGGCGCAUCGGAGAUUACAAAGUCAAAUACGGCUAUACUGAUAUUGAACUGCUCAGUGCUGCUAAAUCUAAGCCCAUCAUAGCAGAGCCUGAAAUCCACGGAGGGCACUCGCUGGAUGGGGUGACUGGCUUCUUGGUGCUCAUGUCUGAAGGGCUCUACAAAGCGCUGGAAGCAGCUCAUGGUCCUGGACAGGCCAACCAGGAAAUUGCAGCUAUGAUAGCCACAGAGUUUGCCAAGCAGACAUCGCUGGAUGCUGUGGCACAAGCAGUAGUGGACCGGGUUAAGCGGAUCCACUGUGACACUUUUGCCAGUGGUGGGGAACGGUCCAAAUUCUGUCCCCGGCAUGAAGACAUGACGCUGCUUGUGAGGAAUUUUGGGUACCCCCUGGGUGAGAUGAGCCAGCCCACACUGACACCUUCUCCCUUCUCAGGAGGCCGUGUCUACCCAGUCUCUGUGCCGUAUUCCAGCUCCCAAAGCACAAGCAAGACGAGUGUCACGCUGUCUCUUGUCAUGCCUUCCCAAGGCCAGAUGGUCAAUGGUGCCCACAGCAGCUCAACUCUGGAUGAAGCCACCCCCACCCUCACUAACCAAAGCCCCACUGUGACGCUCCAGUCAACUAAUACUCACACACAGAGUAGCAGCUCAAGUUCAGAUGGGGGUCUCUUCCGUUCCCGACCCACCCACUCACUCCAGCCAGAUGAAGAUGGGCGUGUGGAGCCCUAUGUGGAUUUUGCAGAGUUUUACCGGCUUUGGAACAUGGACCAUGGCGAGCAGGGAGCACUGACUGUGUCCUAAUGUGGAAAUCUGCCUCCUUCAGACACCCUGCGCUUGGCUGCGUGAGCAAAGACUGAGGCAAGAAUGAAAGUGCUCCACUGAGGGCUGUGUUUGGCCAAUGAGUUAACUCCUAUCCAGGAUGUGCUGAACACUGGGCUGGGAAGCACGUGCAGUACGCUCAACACACGUGUUGCCUGUGCCAUGCACCCAAUCCUGACCACCCUUGUUCCCUCGGACGCCCUGUGCAUAGGGGAAGGGGUCUUGAAUGCAACCAUCACUGCAGGUUUUUGCAAAUAAAGAUGCAGAGAGGGCUCCCUCUGGAUGAUGGAAGAGUAGGGGCCUGUACAAAGGCUCUGUGUGUGCGCGUGUGUAGGUGUACGCGUGUGUGUGUGUUGUCAUAAUGUUUCCACAACUCAGUUCAUAAUGCUGUGAUUCCAAUGUUCAACUCCAUAGAAGAUACCUCUGUUUUGCAGAAUAAAUAACUUAUAGCUACACUCA